AUGGAGACACUCUGUGGUACCCUGUGCACAUUGGCCACUGACAGCAACAAGUACCAUGCUAAGACUGACUGUGGGCGCCAACGCUCUACUUUCUGUGCUGUGCUGAACUUUGUUGAGGGCAGUGAAUGCGAGGAAGACACAAUCCGCUUUGGACUUGAAGUGCUCUAUGUGGACAGCUGGACUCGGCACUGGAUCUAUGCUGCCUUCGAGGAUGUGCUGGGUUUCUGCAUGCACCACCACCUUCAGAACAAUGAGCUUCUUUGUGACAUCUUUGGCCUGGGCCCGGUGCUGGUGCUGGUGCUGGAUGCCACUGCCUUGAAGACCUGCAAAAUUUCACACUUUGAGAAGCACCUGUACAAUGCUGCCACCUUCAAAGGCCGGACCAAGGCUCCCAGCCGUGUAUAG